UCAGCGCCAACAUGUCGGCUAGCGACUGCGUCCUACGCCGAACUAUGAGUCGGGCAGCGAGUGUGCGGAACCAGGUGGUUUGCAGGGAGAUGCUCCAUGUUUUGGAUGUGUACCGCUACACAAGGGACCCGAGCUACUUUGUAUACUUCCACAACAUCAUCCUCAUCGGAGCCGACUUUUACGACGUGGUCCUCUGCGACGGCGACUGCCGCAUAAGCGUCGCUCUGGAUCCCAGGCUCAACAGUUUGGUGGAGAAGAAUGUCCUGCGGCGGGGGGUGGCCGUGCGGAACGCAGCCCUGCUCCCUCUUGAUUUGCCAGUGACGGUUAAAAGCUUCAUCCUGAACAGCGUGGAGGUGUGCGCGCCCGAAGGCGACCAGGGCGAUUGCGACAAUUUGCCCUGGAUCACCCGCUCCAGCACGUCAGGUCCUAUAUUAGCUAAUCGGAUGGUCUAUCUCCCUCUGUGGAACAAUGUGGACUUCUUGGGAAGCCCCUGGAGGAAGAAGCUACCUCCGCAGCUAGCGCUGGAGACAGAUCCGCUUCCCAGAGUGACUGUAGAAGCCCUCCGCCAGGGAUUUUUGAGGCAUCAAGAGUGGGUCGUUCAUCCCAUCUGUAAUUUACAGAUGAUUGUGCGUAUCACGCAGAAGUCGCACUUAAUGUAUUACGGGAAAGCAGAAAGGCGCAGCAGUUGCCCCUAUCGGGCGGUGCUGCAGGUGUGCGACCACACGGGAGGCGUGGCUCUGGUGUUGUGGGAAAGCAUGUGUGUGGAUUGGUACUGCGUCCUUAAUCCCGGCCACAUCAUCAGCCUGACCCUCUUCCAGGUCAAGCCGCUUUACCGGUCCGACAGCAGUGAUAUCGAGAUCAGUGUAAACAGCCAGCACCCCAGAACCCGCAUCUCCGUGCUCCCCGAUACACAGACGUGGUCUGACAUGGUGCCGUCGCAAACAUUCCUGGAGCGCUUCUGCGGCAGCGAGCAACUCCCGGACUGCCCUCACGACACCGUCUGCGACGUGGUCGGCUUGCUGGUUUUCAUCGGACGCUCCGAGCGGAUCAGAAAAGGAACGCUGCUGCUGGAGUAUCGCUGGCUGUUCAUGGAGGACGGGCGCAGCUUUAAGCCAAUCCGGAUCCAGCUUUUCUCCACCUCCCAGCCGGACGUUCACCGCCAGCUCCACCCAAUGAUGCCGGUGGUGUGUUGUGGUCUGAAAGUCAUCCGGAGUGAAGAGGGACUGUGGUACUUGACCAACACGCCGAACACGUUGCUGUACUGCUCAGGGGUCGGCAAAAUGACACACGCGGCGGUCCAGCGGCUCCGAGACUGGGUUAGGCGGCAAGACCACGAACGCAUUUGGCGCUCGGGUUUGAUCGGCGGUUUUUUCACGUACCCGCCCACUCCCGCCUCCUUGGAAACGUACAUGAGGGGCUGGCAAGGGGCGCCCCCUAUCGUCCAAGGGAGCGAGCUUCAGUGGGAGAUGAAGAAACUUUGUUACAGGGAGCGUAAAACCUUCUGUAUCCAGGCCACCGUCACCAUGGUUACGCAUUGUCGCCGGGGGGAGGAGGAGCUUUGCAUCUUCUGGCGAGAUGGCUUUUCAUCCUCGCCCUCCUCCUCUUCUUGGCCGCAGUCAACACCUCAGCCGUCCCCCAUCAGUGCCAGCAGCUUGUGUAAAAGGAAGCUCUUCAUGGAAUCGCCGCAAAAGGGACGCCCUACUGCGACCGUUCAACCCCAAGCCAGGAGCAACACAGCCAUUCUAUUUGAAGCUAGCUUGGAGUUUCUCCAAAAUACCGACUCGGACUCGGACGACACAGACGACCGGGAUGACCAGUCUUCUGUCACCCGCCCCACCGUGCCCGAUUUCCCGCCUGUAGCGGCGGAGACGCUGACCAUGCGCUGCGACGGAAGCAUCCAACAGGCGGCGACGGUGACCAUGGGAGGAACCCUCCCCCGUGACGCCGUAUUCUGCUGCGACGACUACUACACUCUCACGCUAAGAGUUCUGCCAGAACAUCUGUGUGUAUCAGCAGUCUUCCUGCCGCAGCGUACCCCACUCUCUCCACGCGGCUGUGCCCAUGAGAACACUUGGGCCUCCAUUUUGGCUAAUGGGGCAUUCUCCACACACACGCUUCCACCAACUCCAGAUGACCUUAUAAGGAUGGGCCAACAGCUAGCUAACAAAAAAAUGCUUUGUGUACUGGAGAUGUGUCACUUGGGUGGCGACACGACCGAGGUGGUCCUCAGCCGAGGUUUCAUUAUUUGACUGCAAGGUUCAACCCUUCCCCACUGGUUGUUGCUCAGUGUCAGUGAGACAGCUGUGCUACAAGAUGCCUGGAGGAGGUGAAACUCUUUCCCCGAUCAAAGAAAACGAAAUCGCUGGUUUGGGAAUACUUCGGCUACGGAAAAGUUACAGAUGGCCACGGCUGAGAGGAGGAGGCCUAACUGAUAUGUAAAACAUGUUUGCAGAGGGUGGCUGCCGAAGAGGCAAUACCUCCAAUAUGAUUUCGCAUUUAUACAAACUUAAAGGUGAGGAAACACUGACAUGAACAUUUCCUGCUAGCUACGAGAGUCAACUCCAGCGUGUUUAGUGUGUCUAGCGGUGGUAAAACGUGGUGUUUUUUUUUCCUCUCUGGCAACUGUCUGUGUUGAGAAAGAGUGUACGUGUAAUGUAAACAUGGUACGAGUCAUACACGUGUCCUUUUUAUGGAAAAUAAUUCAAUUAUCUUGUUCUGAUGGUAAUAAUGUUGAGCUGUGGCUGUGGAUUUAGGCUUACCAAAAGGACCACAUUUAUUACCCCCCCACACACACACACACAUACACAUUAGAUAUUAGAGAUAUUAGGUAUAAGGUUUUUUUUUCAGCCAGCAGCAGCCACUGUAAGAACUGUUAAAAGAUUCCAAUGUUGUGGAAUUGGGGAACACACCACUAAUUUUGCUAGUGAAAGUCCGACUCACAUCAGAGUUAGCAUAACAAUUAAACUGUGUGAACUUCCUAACCGCAAAACUCGAGUAGGAAGCUGCUUGGAAGUGUCCAAUUGUUCCCCAAUUGUACUUUUUAUUUUAUUCAUGUGGUCUUAAAGCAGCCCACCGGAGCUUUCAAUUUUUUGUUGAGUUUGGCUGUGCUUUACCUGAAGGACGGUUCCAUUUUUAUUUAUUUUUGUGAUUCCCUGAUAAUAUUUUCAGUUAUAUUUAAUUUCUUUAUUCAGACAAGGUUGAGUGAUCUUAAGACAAAUGUUUUUUUGUUUUAAUUCCUGGAUAGUUAAGAGAUGAUUAUCAAGCUUAUGUUUAUUGUACAUGUUGAUAUAAUUUAUGUUCAAAUAAUGCAAUUUAAAUUUGCUCAUGAAAUCUGGAUAUUUUUUCUGGAAGUUUUCAUAAUGUUUCUGUAGUAAUUUUUUAAAAACAAAAGUUUGAAUUGAACAGUGUUGGCUGAACCAAUACACUUAAAGUCAGUAUAAGUCAAUACUUAUCUUCAUACCGACCGUGAUAUUUUGGCUUAAGGUUAAAGGCAAACUUUGUUCACAUACUGUAUUUGUUAGUUUAUGUUUUGUGUUAGCACGUUUGCACUUGGUCCUUUGGGGAAAUGUGUAGCACUCAAGUUUUUUACAUUUUGUUCAAUAAAAAUAAAACAGCUGUUUAUUAAUGUGCCUGAACCAAUUACGCACCUACCUCAUCGGGUUUUCUAGA